GUUUGUUUCACAUUAUCUGACUUGAAAAAAUAACGCGAUAACAAUAUUUAUUUUUCUGGCUUCCAAACUGAUAACGUGUGUUGGCUACAAAUACUGAUAACUCAUUUCCCGUCUUGGUUGCUAGAAAAAUUGCAGAUCUUUGCAAGCUGUCAGGUCUUCUACAAACACCACUGCUUUCACACGGUACAUCAAUAUAUUUUAAAAUGGCUGUACCGAUGCUUAAUCAGUGUUGCUGUGGCUGCACGUUGAAGACGGGCUCAAUCAUAAUAGGAACUCUGAAUGCAGUAUUUUCGGGCAUUUACUUUAUUACAGGUAUUAUUACUGCAGGUGUAGCUGCGAACGCAGCGAAUUCACCGAAUUCGGCACAAGAAAAUUCGGAUACUUGGAGCAGUAUCGAGGCGGUUUACAUAGCAUACGCGGUGUUUGCUGCUGUGUUGUGCCUGGUUGCCGUCUGUCUCAUUGUCGGAGCAGUGAAUGGCAAUCCAGUGCUUCUGUUACCAUGGUUAGGAUAUGCUUCUGUAUCCAUAAUAAUAAACUUCAUUCUGAGCAUCGUAAAUGCUGCAUAUUAUAUCAGUCUUUCCUACGCGGCAAAUGGUGUCUUGUUUCUCUUAGGAGGCUUCAUAGGAGUAUGUCUUGAAAUCUACUUUAUUCUUGUGGUAUACAGUUUCUACAGACAGCUGAAAGGUACGGGGCCAUCUCUACCAUAAUGGAUCACGUUCUCGUACCACUCAACAUUGGCUCGCGUACCAUAGGUUGAUAAACGCUGCAUUAGAAGAAGAUUAUGUCUUGUGAGUAGAUAAGGAUUUCCAAGAACCGUGUGAAGGACUUAGUUACGUCCGAAAUGCAAGAAUGCUAUAAAAGCAAUGUCAACCACCUCCGUAAUUAAAUUAUCGUCAAAGCAAACUUUUACACGACGACCAGCUGUCGUUUGUUUAAAGAUAAAACCUUUAUUGACUCGCAGAUAGGCGUAGCAGGUAUCACAGGGCAAGGCAAGGAAUUUAUCAUGUGCAACAUUAGCUACAUUAUGUGAAAAAAAUAGGUCACCAAAAAUAUCUUCCAUGAUCUAAAGUUUUCACGGUUAUAUAAAAUAACAUAUGGCUAUCAGUAGUGUAAGAAGUGAAUAAGUUAUUAAGCAUUGAUAAAAGUCCUAACUUGCAAACCAUAGAAGCCUACUAGAAUUUUCUCUUAGUUCUAAAUUAACAACAGUCCGUUUGCACGGGGAAAUAAAUGUGUCAUUAUAUUGGAUAAAAUAUAUCUUAACGCAGCCGUGACCAAACUCCAUGCAUCCAUGUCGGUCUACAGCUUAUCUGUUAUUAAAAUGGACUCAAACUGGCAUUUCUUUUUGGUUGCGAUCCACAGUGCCGCUUACUGUAACCCUGUUCACAUGCUUUAUAGCGAUUUUCCAGAGGAUUCGAUAUUUAAACCGAGUUUAAUGAGUCACAAAUACAUAUCUAAUGCACAUCUCACUUCCUUCAUUUUUAGAGUAGGCCUGUAGUUUUACUUGGUGGUUUGGGUACACCUUUAGGAAUGUUUUAUAAUGGAAGCUGCACAACCUGUUUAUGUAACUAUAUCGGCAGUUGUAAAUUUAAUUACGUAACGCUGUUACUGUCAACUAUACCACAGUGUUGCACCCUACGGCCUUACUGACUCAGAAAUCUGACUUUUUCUGAAAUGUCUAAUUCGAUAAUUAGAAAUUUCUUGAAAAUAUAACUUCCUGAAGAAAAUUAAUACUAUCUCCGAAACGUUUCAGAUUUAUACCAACACUGCACAGGUACUUGCUGCCUCCAUCAUCAGGGUGACGACUCUUUGAAUUUAUAUGUACGAGUUUAGAAGCCUUCUAAUACCUCCAUCCUUGUAUCUCUUACUUUAAUAAUGUAAAAAUAAAUCAGUUUCGAAUGACUUUUA